AUGACGUUGGAUUGCAUGGAUAGAAAUGCGGCGAAUACACACUGUUGUAUUUCAGUCUUCACUGAGUUAGAGGAACCAAUGUCACGUGUGGGCACAACUGGUUCUGGUUGGAACUUGCAAGAAAACGAUUCUUCUCUAAAAGGUGAACUCUUGGUUGACAAGAAAGCUCACUCUAUCAAAGAAAAUUAUUUCGAUGAAGAGACUCAAGAAUACAAUGACAAGAAGGCUUGGAAGAGGUUGAUAAAGAGGUCAAUGAUGCUUAAAUAA